AAAGACAUCUUCAGAACACAAAGUACUCAGAAUAUAUUACCCAGGCCAGAGACCCAUUCUGAAAAAAAUAAAUUGAGCAUAUCCCCCAACCCCCAAAAUCAAGAAAGCAAAAAAUAGGGGUGAACAAAUAGGUAACACAAUUAAGUGUUAAUAAAUGUUGAUCCAUAUGUAAAAUUAUCUAAAUGGCAAAGUGGGUAGGACAGGGAAAAGAAGGGCUAUUUCCUAUUAACAUUCGAAUUUCAGACUUCCCUUGGAAAAUGUGAAGAUGCAGCAAUCCGGGCUCUAAUUCCCACAGGGCCACAAUCAGCUGGAGCUAACUGGCUGCCCCUUAGCUGCAGUGACUGCCUCUUGCCUCACGCCUCCCCCCACCCUUGCUUCUUGGUGUCCACCCAGCCUCUGUAGGCAUUUGAGUUAACCAUCUCAGUCUUUAGCCAAAGGAAUUCAUUCAAUGGGGUUUGCAUCCGUGAGCCGCAGAGGUGACCUGGGUAUCCCUGAAAACAUCCUUGCCAUACCAACAGGAACAUAUAUUAAUGGAAUAUCUAUAUAGCACUGCUUCCCAAACAUUUAAUUUUCAAAGCAGUCCCCAGAAGUAGGAACUGAAAGGUGGCCUGCUGUACUACAAGGCAAGGGGUCAGUGACCCCCGCCCCCCAAAAUGGUAUAAAAACUUAAAGGUGCACAUUGGAGGGGGUGGUGUCCAUAGCUUUCACCAUGCUGUCAGAGGGAUCCUAUAGCUCUGAACCCCAGAGUCCCUGCAACCCAGAGGACAGAGCCCUGGGUUUGCAGCUAGAACUCUCAGCCACUUAACUAGCUGUGUGGCCUUGGGCACGUCUCUUAAAUCAAUCUCUCCGAAUCCCCAUUCCUUCACCAAUAAAGUGGACAUGACCUGCCUACCUUGUAGGGUUGGGCGGAUAAGAGGUCAUGUAUUUAAAGCACUCUGCAUCAGCAAGGGUGUAAUAAAUGGUGACCCGCCUCUUAGUUUAUCAGGUGGUAAACAGGCUGAGGUCACUUAAAGACCCUUAGGAUCUUCUAGCCCAAGGCUAUCCUGGCUGACCUGCCGCCUGGCUGAGCUGACCCGAACCUGCUGCUAGGCGAUCGCACUCUGACCGGACUCACACUCUCGGGCACCGCUCCCGGUAAGGUCACUUUGCGUGUUUCUAGUCUGGGCGGAGCAGGGUCCUGCGGGGUCGCCGAUGCGGAGCGAGGUGGGUGGAGAACCUGAACGAGUCCGCCUGUGGUGCAGCUUCCCCGGAGCGGAAACUUGGCGCGAAAAACGUGUGAGUCAUGGGACCCUGAACUGGGCUGGCCACUCCAGUCGGGCCAAGUUGACAAAGUUCGCCAAGUUCUCGAGCGCGGUCACGCCUCCGGGCCGCGCGGCCAAUCAGCGCCCACCGUGCCGGGCUCUGCACACACCGCCUCUGUGCAGAGGGUGUCCCGCAGAGUUGGCGGCCCCGGGGUGCGGGCGACAUGGUGCGCGGCAGGAUCUCUCGGCUCUCGGUCCGCGAUGUGCGCUUCCCCACGUCGCUCGGGGGCCACGGCUCGGACGCUAUGCAUUUCCCCUGCAGCACACAGACCCUGACUACUCAGCUGCCUACGUUGUCUUGGAGACGGAUGCGGAAGAUGGACUCAAGGGCUACGGAAUCACCUUCACUCUGGGGAAAGGCACUGAAGUUGUUGUCUGUGCUGUGAAUGCCCUGGUCCCCCACCUGCUUAACAAGGACCUUGGGGACAUUGUUGGUGAUUUCAGAGGCUUCUACAGACAGCUCACGAGCGACGGGCAGCUCAGAUGGAUUGGUCCCGAGAAGGGUGUGGUGCAUCUGGCCACGGCGGCCGUUCUCAAUGCCGUGUGGGACCUGUGGGCCAAGCAGGAGGGAAAGCCUCUGUGGAAGUUACUUGUUGACAUGGACCCCAGGAAGCUGGUAUCCUGCCUAGAUUUUAGGUACAUCACCGACGUCCUGACAGAGGAGGAAGCCUAUGAAAUCCUGCGGAAAGGUCAAGUUGGGAAAAAAGAGCGAGAAGAGCAAAUGCUGGCGCACGGCUACCCUGCCUACACCACAUCAUGCGCCUGGCUGGGCUACUCGGACGCCACGCUGAAGCAGCUCUGCAGCAAGGCGCUGGAGGACGGCUGGACCAGGUUUAAGGUAAAAGUUGGUGCUGAUCUCCAGGAUGACAUCCGUAGAUGCCGACUCAUCAGAAACAUGAUCGGCCCUGAGAAGACGCUGAUGAUGGAUGCCAACCAGCGCUGGGAUGUGCCCGAGGCCGUGGAGUGGAUGGCGAAGCUGGCGGAGUUCAAGCCCCUGUGGAUUGAGGAGCCCACCUCCCCUGAUGACAUUCUGGGGCAUGCCACCAUUUCCAAGGCACUGGUCCCCCUGGGAAUUGGCGUUGCCACCGGAGAACAGUGCCACAACAGAGUGAUAUUUAAGCAACUCCUACAGGCAAAAGCCCUGCAGUUUCUCCAGAUCGACAGCUGCAGGCUGGGGAGUGUCAACGAGAACCUCUCAGUGCUGCUGAUGGCCAAAAAGUUUGACAUUCCUGUGUGCCCGCAUGCUGGUGGAGUUGGCCUCUGUGAACUGGUGCAGCACCUGAUUAUAUUUGACUUCAUAUCAGUCUCUGCAAGCCUCAAAGACAGGAUGUGUGAAUACGUCGACCACCUGCACGAGCACUUCAAGUACCCCGUGAUAAUCAAGAAGGCUUCCUACAUGCCUCCUAAGGAUGCUGGUUAUUCAACAGAAAUGAAGGAGGAAUCUGUAAAGAAACACCAGUAUCCAGAUGGUGAAGUUUGGGAGAAGCUCCUUGCUGCUCAAGUGAAUUAGAGCUGAAUGCUUAACAGCUUUUGCUUUAAGUGAAAAGGCUUAAAAUUUCUUGGGUAUGGUUUUACAAAAAUAGAAAAAAAAAUUCAUCCUACCAAUCAGAACAAGUUCAGCUGAAAGUCAUACUAACCUCAGGCAUCAGCUUAGUCGUCAUUACUUGAUUCUUUUAGCAAAAAACACAUUCUCCUAUGUAAUCUUUAAACAAAAGUAGAUCCAACUGUCUCAAAGUCCAGGAAGAUGUUAAAUCUUAAAAUUUCUAUCACGUGCUGGUACCUAGACAUUAAACUAUACUUUGAAAAUAA